UAUAAAAUAAAAGUUAAUCAAAGAAAUGCAAACAUUAGCAUUUUAACUUUCCCAGAGAAAGGAAUGAAAGAAGAAACAAGAAGUAUAUCUAGAAGUUUAAAAAAAAUGAAGUUUAUAUUAAGUGUUGUAUUGGCCUUGGCCAUUUUUGGAUCGUUAACACAAGGUCGUGGAAUAUCGCAGCAACAGUUGAAGGGUAUAAGCCAACAUUUAAAAGAUGUUCGUGUUAUUGGAGGCUCAGAUGUGGCAGAAGGUGCCUUACCCUAUCAGGUCUCCAUACAGAAUACCUUUGGUGAACAUGUCUGUGGUGGUUCGAUAAUAGCCCCCCUAUGGGUAUUGACGGCUGCCCAUUGCUUGGAAUGGCCCAAACAAUAUCUGAAAGUCGUUACCGGUACCGUCAAUUGGACUAAGCCAGAUGCUGAAUACGCUGUGGAUGAUUUGAAAAUCCAUUGUCUACACAAUAAGCCCAUGUAUCACAAUGACAUUGCCUUGAUACGUCUCUCCAAGCCCAUUGUCUACAAUCAACGUACACAACCUGUGAAUUUAGCCACCAGCAACAGCCUCAAUGAUGGUGAUAAACUAACACUCUCUGGUUGGGGCAGCAUUAAGGUGUGGGGACGUACUCCCGACAUUUUGCAAAGUGCCGAAUUAAGUUACAUGGAUCAUGCCAAAUGUGAAGCUGGUGUCCGCAAUUCCGAAUGGUUGGGUGCAGGCCACAUUUGUACUGAUACCAAAUCUGGUCAAGGUUCCUGUCAUGGUGAUUCAGGUGGUCCCUUAUACAAUGUGGCCAAAAACGAAUUGGUCGGCAUUGUUAAUUGGGGUGAAGCUUGUGCGGUGGGAUAUCCUGAUGUCUUUGCCAGUGUUGCCUACUAUCAUGACUGGAUAAUGACAAACAUGAAUGGUGGUGCACAAUGUUAAUGGAAGUGUGGUAGAGGGUGAAUAAAGCCAUGUCGAACAAAUUUUUAAAGGUGUAAAAGCCAAAAAUGGACAAUUUUAUUUUUAACGAAAUGUAGUAUUAUUUUAAUAAAGAAGCAUAUAUGAAAAAAAA